AUGACGCGAAUUCUGAUCGCGUUUCCGUUCCUCUUGGCCGUAGCCUGUAGGGCCCAACUACUGCAGUCACAGCAGCCACAACAGCCGUUCCUGACGGAAAUAUUCCCCGAGCAAUUCGAACAGCAGCAACUGCAGUUCCGCCAGAACCAACUGCAGGUACAGUUGCAACAGGUGCAGCAAGCCCUCGAAGCCCGGCCGCAAGACCCGGGACUCCGGGACUCGCUGUUGCGGCAACAGGAACAGUUCCUGGGCAUGUUCCGGGAUAUCGAGCAACAGCAUCUGGUCCUGCAGCAAAGGAUCCAGGAAAGGUUGAACGGCGUCCAGAUGCCGCCCGUACAAGUCGUUCAAGUGCAGCAACCCUUACUGGUCUCGGGACCGCCGUCCGUACCGGCGCCCGAGCCGCCGCCGGUGCAACAGAGGCGACCGGUCGCGGAACAGCAGGACGUCCCGCGGGAACCGUUCCGCAAGCCGCAGUCAUCAAAUGCCGUCGAAGGACCGUGCAAAACGGUGGCCGGCGAAUCGGGAACGUGUCGUCCGUUGGUCAGCUGUCUGUCGUUCUACGCCGAACUUCCUGAGUUGAAAAAACAACCGUGCAAGUUGGCGGUCAACGAAUUCGGAGUAUGCUGUCCAACUAAAAUCACUAAUCCAGGUAUGUCUAUUUUUUUUUUUUUAUAAUUGACCAACAAUGACCAUACAUUGACCUAAUCUGCCAAUAUUGUUGUUCACGAGACGCAAAUGAGUAGGUACGACUUUUCAAAAAUGUAGUAUGUCUCAGAAUUGCAACCCCUUUCCCCCUUACAAAAAAUAUAAGUUAAAACAGAAUUUUAUAGGUUUUUCGAAAAAUUAAUAUUUUGAUUUUGUAUGUUUGAUGGCGGAGAAGACACAUUAUUAUUGAUAUUGGUGUUUUCCAAAAUUUGUCUAAGUAGAUUGAGAUAUAUAGGUAUCAUGUUAUAAAUUUAAUAAAUAGAUAUUUAUUAUUUAGGACUCGCACAGUAUAAGUACCUACACCUAUCUAAUUAGAAAUUAUAAUUCAAUUAUUAAAUAGGUACGACACUUUCUUUUGUUGUAAAUUCUGUGUUACUAUAUUAGUAGGUAUAGUAGGUAACUAUAGUAAGUAGCCGCUAGUCAGCAAAACAUUAUUACAAUUUUCUUUUAUUGUUUCGUACAAUAAAUAUUUAAUAAAUAACAACCUCAACAACGCUUAAUACUUCGUACGCAAUCAUGUUGCUUGAAAAGGUGUCGCCGAUAACGAACGUAAGCAAUCGUGUUUUACCCGAGCCGAAUUGGUUCCCGUUUAAUACCUAUACAUUUAAACAAUUAACACAAUACAUGUAUGUAUAAUGUGGUACAUUUUUAAACUUUUAUCAUUCUGCGGCGGGUAUUUUACAGUAAUUAGGGUAGUGGAAUAAUUUUAUAUCGGCGUAUUGCCAAAAUACCGCAAUCGAUUAAUAAGAUGUAACGUCAAUCCAUUUGAAAAUACGUGUCUGUAUGGCUAUACUGUAUACAUUGGUACCGUACAUAAAAUAUAAAAAUGAAACGUUUCUAGUAUGAAAUCUAAGUAAUUCUACAGUUGACAGUCCUACAUUCCUACAGUCCUCGAAUUCUAGAAACGCUGAAAAACACAAAAUCGUAUUAUAGACGUUACGCAUUUCAAAAUUGCUGUAAUUUCAUUUACAACGACGACUGCGUUUAGUAACUGUAUAAUAUAUGCUGCAAGCUUAUGAAUCGAGGACUCGCGAAAGUCGAAAAUACCCUAACUGCUAUGUAAAUGAUACGAGAGAUAGUGACGAUAAUAUACGUAAUAAUAUUAUUAGUUAUCUAAUAAAAAAAUCAUAAUUUUCUAAAAUUGUAUAACAUUUCGUUUAUAAUAUUUAUACGCUAUGCUGCGCGGGUUAGUGUGGCUGCAGCCACUCGUUCGGAUCGCUUAUCAGCAAUCGAAUUAAAGCGAAUACGAUACUCAAAGAAGCUGGUCAUUUCACCGUAGAUUUACUACAGUGCGUGCAUUUUUUUGUUUUAUUCUAUUUUUUUCCACCGCGAACAACUUUUGAUCGUAAAUCUUGCUCCGAUCGUAAAAUUACAAGAGACCUUUUUUCUUAAUCUUUGGAUCUAAUUGGUGCAAUAAGGAGGUCGUUUUUUUCUGAUUGUUCAAGCGGUUUUCAUAAAAAUCGGGAAAACCGGAGAAAAAAAAAACUUUUAGGAGAAACGAAGAAAUAUUUAUGGCGCGUGGCGUAACGAUUUCAUUAUUUUGAACUAUUUUUGUUUCCUAGAGGAAAUCUCGCUCCGAACUUCAAUAGUAGUUUUUAGAUUCGGAGCGUAGCGUAGCACUGGUUUUACAAUGAUCUUACUCCGAUUUUCAAUCGCAGUAGCUUUUCAGAAAGAACAUUUUAUCUGAACAGUAUACUUUAAGGAGGUCAUUUUUUUUUUAUAGUGGUUUCAGCGACUCCAAACGUUCUUCAUUAUAAUUGGGAAAGGCGCAGAAAAAAUCUACGGAAAAAUGUAUGUACAUAUAUAAAAGAAACUUCGCUCCGAGCACCUACAUCAGUGGCCCACCCAGUGCCGCAAUUAGACAUUAUAGGGCUGGUGAUAAAACUUUCAUUUUUGGGCCUAAAGAAUUUACUUUUUUUAGACGUGGUAAAAUUUUCAAAAAUAUUAAGCCAUUUUUGAAGUAUUUAUAGACAUUUUAGUUUUCCGAGUUUCAUGCGUAAUUUUUAUUCGGUAUGUACUUUGUAGUAAAAUUGUUAGACUUGAACAAAAAUACUUGAAAAUUUAACAGGAGAUUUAUUAAGAGUCUUAAUUUGUGGUCAAAAAAAUAAAACUUGAAUUUAAUGCAUUAUUUUUUUUUUUAUAAAGGAAUUUUAAAAUCAAAUAUUGACCAAAAUCGUUGAGUAAAAAAUUAUGUGGAACAAAUCAAAUUUUUUUUUCUUUUCGUUUUUUUUUUUUUUUUGCUCGUAAUUCACAACAAAAACACUAUUAGAUCCGGAAAGCCGAACGGCGGAUAAAACAAUCUGUAUACAUAUCGUUUAAGUGUCAUUGAUCUACGAUUUACCCGCGCGGAUCGCCGCGCGAGGCGAUAAUAAUUCAUAAAAACUGGUCCCAAUAAACGGGUUCUGCGCGGUUAUGAGCGCCACGAAAAGCGUAUACCUCAUUUCUAUAACGACGCAUAACACCCAUGUAUUAUUGUAAAACGUAGGAACGAUCUCUGAUAUCGUGAAUUUUUUUUUUUCAUCUCGGACGGAAUUCGUUUUCUAUUUAUAGCCAACCAGCAACCGGCCGCCGCGGUUACGGGCGUGAUCAGGGCUCCGCCGCCGCCGCCCGUUGAAAUACCGCCGUUCACGCCCGAACAAUUGAACGUCGCCGCGGCGAACGCGCUGCAGCGUCUCAACGAGAGACGGGUACUGGUCACGUCUUUGUUCACCAAGCGGAUACUGGUGCCCACGGGCAGCGCCGCGGCAUGGCACCAAGAACUCUUCCCGACCACCAACGAGACCCUGUCCCAAGGAGAACAGGCACAAAAAUCCGUGGACGCCAGCGUGGGACUCGUCAACGAGUGAGUUUGUAAACGUUAUAACAAUCAGGUUUUUCUACCGUGUAUAUUGCAAUAUAUUUUAAUACAUUUACGGAUGUGGUGUGUGUGUGCGUUAAUCGUAGGAAAUAGCAUACAGAUACCAGAUAUUGUUAUUGUUUAGCUUGUUGCAGUGGCGCCGAAACCUUUGUCAAGGCAUUGAGGCAUUGGCCUGACUUCUUUUAAAAUUUUAAACAUAUAGGGCUGCUUCGUUUUAAGCCAAAGUUUGGCUGCCGAAUCGAAUGAAUAGGUACCUCAUUGAAAAAAAAAAAAAUAAUAAUAAUAAUAAAAUAAAAACAUACUCUAACCAUAAUUUCGCACAUAAAAUGAGCCGUAUGUGGAUAUCGGCGCCUCAUGACAUGUAUUUCGCCUGACCGCAUUUGUAGGACUUCGGAGCCACUAACUUAGUGUAUUGGUAGCUCCGUUCGUGUUCCACGUUUCUUAUUUUCGCGUUUUCACAGACUUUCGUGAAAAACAAAUGCCUAUCAUGAAAACGUGCGAUUUUCGACAACUCACACGAAACAACAUGCAAUUAAAUUUUCGGGCACUGUUUUUCGUCGAUUUUUGAUCGCGUGCCGAUAUUAUUAUUUUUUUAUUUUAUUCAGUUUUAUAAUGAUUUUUAACAAUUUUUUUUUUUGAUUUUCUUUUAGUGUCCAUUUACACUGUUAUAGAACAUAGGUAACUAUUAAUAAUUAAUAGUUUGUAAUCGGCGAGUUAUAAUAUUAUGUAUCUUAUAUCAUUUUUAUAAUUCUUUGCACAGGCUCAUGACCGUGUUAGGAGGCGGGGGCAAAGCAUUUAAAACUAUAGAGUGCCGAACUCAAUAUGAAACUCGAAAUAAAAUAAACAAUAUCGUCAAUAUUAUUUGUUAUAGUUGUUUUAUUUUCAAACGCUUUACUUAAAGUAAUAAUGAAUAUUGUUUGGUAAUUAAACGUGCGACCUAGUAACGCAUAGUAUAUGUGUACCUAGACAAAAAUUUAGGACUAAAGAAGAAUAUCAUUUGAUAGAGGUAAACUGUUCACAUUUUAACAUGAAUUUAAUAAAAUUAAAUUGUGAAAAAGAAAACAUAUUCGAGAGGGACUAACCCCAAAUCAUCCCUGGGGAAAGCCUUAAGAGGGAGACUUAAAAAUAUAUGCCCCUGGCGGUAAAUGGCUUAAUAGGACUCUGCACAGACAAUAUAACUAUAUAAGCAUAAAUACUCAAAAAACAAAUACAUUUUAAAGUACAUAUCUGUCUAUUCGAUAGGACACUAUCUAUACACCUAUUAUAUUUUCAAAAUUAUUAUGUAUUUUAGUGCUUUUUUGCAAUUUCAACUGUAUUUAUUAGUAAUUUUUUUGUUAGGUUAAUUAUACAAUAACGAUAGACUAUAAAUUUAAAAAAAAAAAGGCUGUUAAUAGACUUAUACUAUUCUUUGAUGUGCCGGCGUGAAAAAGAAUUGUUGAACUAAUACAUUAUGUAUUAGCUGGUAGGACGUAAUAUAGGUAUCUACCUAUCUACCUACCCAUAUUAAAUUACCAAUUCUAUGCAAACGAUUUGUUCGUUUUUAACGCCCACUUUUAACCCUGAGUCUUUAACUGUAACGUUGUAUUAAUUUAAUUAUACGAUCAUAUCAUUUACUCAUACUCAUUAUAUUCAACGAACCAUACGCGAAGAAAUUUUUGAUACCUUCCUGUAGUUACAGAGCUAAUUAUAAGCAGUGACAAAAGCUGCAGAGUUCUCGGAACUGUAUAUUAUAUGAGUCAUAGUAUAUUAAAUAGGUAAUGGUUAUAAUAUAUAAUAUCUACGUAGGUACCUAUAAGAUGUACAGUUAAAAUCAUAUUUACUUUUUUAUAAUUAUUUCCAUGUUGGCUAAUAUCUGUUUUAAUCGUUGUACUUAUAGUUUCAACUUGACUCGAGAACAAGGAACGUUCGCCUUGCCAAGUUUCAGCAUCCUCGACACGGUAUUAGGCGACACUUGCCCGAGGACGUCGUUUUGUCAACCGCACAAAUACAGAUCAACCGACGGAUCUUGCAACAACAUCCAACAUGAACUUUGGGGACGAGCCAGCACGGCAUUACAAAGAAUUCUCCCCCCGAAAUACGCCGAUGGUAAGUAUAUGUACAACAUUUAACGAAUAUUAUUGAAGAAAACAUAUAAAGCCUAUUUAAUUAUUUUACUAUAAUAUGGCAUAUAUAUUGUUGACAGAGCAUCACUAUCAACUGAACUUCACUCAGAAUCGUUUUUUUCGUAAACAAUAGUUUAUAUCGUUGCUUAUAGGUAUACAUUAAAUUACACAUAACGGUGGCUGCAACCGUUCCCAUUAUCCUAAGACGUCUUUUUUUUUUUUUUUUUUUAUUGUUAUUUUUAACAAAUAGGUAAUCCAUAUCAACCACCCAAAAUGAAAAUGUCCUACUUAGGUUACGAUACUAUAAUGUACCACAGGUAAUGUGUAGAUACGAAACAUUAUAGAUUACCUGCCUAGGGCCUGCCCACGUGUUAUGAAAUUAUUUUCGUUAUGAAUCGUCUAAAAACUUGAUUAAAUUUCCGAAGCCGUAUUGAUUAUAAUAUUGCACAACUGUUGUAGGUGUUAACUCGCCGAGGUCAAAAGCAGCCGACGGAUCCCCCUUGCCGAGCGCAAGACAAGUGAGCGUGACGUUCACGCAGGACGUCGAUUCGCCUUCCGAAAAUUACACCAUGUUGUUGAUGCAAUGGGGUCAAUUUUUGGACCACGAUACGACGCACACGCCCAUUAGCCGGGGUCAAAUGGGAAGUGGAAUAUCGUGUUGCAGGAAUGGCCGAGAGAUCGAAAGUUCUCUUCGGCAUCCCGAUUGUUUCCAAAUAGAAAUCCCGCGAAACGAUCAUAUGUUCGCGCCCUUCGGAGAGAGGUGCAUGGAAUUUGUGAGGUCGCUGCCGGCGCCACGUCCGGAAUGUAAUUUCGGACCGAGAGAACAAGUAAACAUUUCUGAGACAAUUAACCACCACUUAAAUCGGUACCAUGUUGCUAACUAAGAUUACUAUUGUUUAGAUGAAUCAAAUAACCGCUUAUCUCGACGGCUCCAAUAUUUACGGGUCUUCGCUGAGCACACAACAAAGUCUAAGAACGUUUAGCGGGGGAAUGCUACAAUCGCAAAACAUCAGAGGAAAACAACUUUUACCCGGAAAUCCUUCGGAAUGUUCCGAUGACACGGGUAGAGCUGCUUGUUUUAGAGCUGGUAAGUAAAGCUAUAGGUAUGCCAAUAUACCAAUUUAUAAACAUUUUUAGAUUUUGAGUGGAGCGAAGAAGCUUAUGAUUUUACAAUGAUGUUUAUUAUUUUUAUUUUUUAUGGAUAACUUUUCUACCAACAAUUUUGCUCCGGUUUUCAAUAAUAGUACUUUUUCUGAAAAGAAAUUGGACUAGGGUGGUACUUUAAGGAAUUCAUUUUUUGAUUUCCCCGAUUUUCUCAAUAAAUGGGAAAAAAAUCGAGAGAACGGAAAAAUAGAUACAAUAUUAAACAAAUAUUAUUAAAUAUGAAAAUAUAUCAAAAUAUGACACUUGAUAAUAUUUUUUACAAAGUAACACAAUUUGUUGAUUAUCAACUGAACUCAGCUCAGAAUUUUUUUUUCCUUAACAAUGAUUAAUCGUUGUUUAUAUAUAUAUAUAUACACCUUCAACAGUGGCUGUUCUCGUUUCCAUUAUCCUAGGAUAGUUUUUUAAAAUAUAAUUUGUGUACAGGGGAUGGACGUGUAAACGAACAAAUCGAUUUAGCUCUUUUGCAUACAAUUUGGUUGCGCGAACACAAUCGCAUUGCUUUUGAACUGUCUAGACUAAAUCCUCGUUGGAGUGAUGAAGCCAUAUUCCAAGAAACUCGAAGGAUAGUAAUUGCCCAAGUACAGCACAUUACUUAUAAUGAAUUUUUGCCAAUUAUUUUGGGUAGGUAGGACACACAUACCCAUCAAAUUUUAUGUUUUAAUAAUGAUUUGAAAUAUUCGCAAAAAAACAGGCAGAACUUACAUGGCUAAAUUUGGAUUAUCACCAAUAGAAAGUGGAUGGUCAAGAAAAUAUGAUCCCGAACUAAAUGCUGGAAUAACUAACGCAUUCGCAGCUGCCGCAUAUCGAUUUGGGCAUACUCUCAUUCAAGGAAAUAUUCAGUAGGUUAACUUUCAAGUGUAUAUAGUGUAUAUAUUAAAUUAAUUUUAAUAAGAGUUGCUGAAGUAUUAAUAAUAUUCAAUAAUAAAUUUAGUGGUUAUGGAAAAUUUGGUAAUAUCCGAGAAAAUCUUGUACUCAGCAAACAACACUUUGCACCAUUUAGUUUGUACAAAGAUGGUGCUUUAGACGACUUUAUUCGAGGAAUAUCUUUUCAAAGUUCUCAAAACUUUGAUCGAUUUUUCACUAGAGAAGUAAUUUUAAUGAUCAUUGUUGGUGUACUUAUUAGACAUUUUAAAUUUUAAACAAUUUAUGUACUUUUCUCAGAUCACUGAUCAUUUAUUUCAAGGAAAUCUAAAUUUUGGACUUGAUCUAGUAGCAUUAAAUGUCCAAAGAGGACGUGAUCAUGGUUUACCGCCAUACAAUGAAUGGCGUCAAGUAUGUGGUUAUGAAAAGGCAAGAAACUGGAAAGAUCUAGAAGAAUUUAUGGAACCCCAAGUAAUAAUGUUAAAUUGUUAUAGAAUAUACUAUCAAUAAUAACAAUAUUUUUUUUUAUUACAGACUAUUACAAGACUCGCAAGAUUAUACGGUUCAGUGGAUGAAGUAGACUUGUAUAUUGGAGGAGUUUCAGAAAAGCCCAUAAAAGAUGCUUUAGUGGGCCCGACAUUUGUGUGCAUUAUUGGAGACCAAUUUUCUAGACUCAGACGGGGCGACAGAUUUUUCUAUGAAGAAGGCGGGCAUCCAUCAUCUUUUGAUCAAGGUAAAUACAAUCGACAAACUAUAUAAUUAACAUUUUUAAUCAAUAUUUCUUAAUGAAUUGUUAUAGUUCAACUACAAGAACUCAGAAAGAGUAGUUUGGCAAGACUAUUGUGUGAUAAUUCUGAUGAUAUGGCCCUUAUUCAACCACUAGCAUUUAUAAAACCAUCUUUUUUGUAAGUAAAACUUUAAUUUUAUUAUUAAACAGAUACCUAUAGAUAAUAGUUUGUAAUUUAUUUUCUUUUAUAAUUUUUAGGAAUCAAAGAGUAGCUUGUGCUAGCUCUUCUAUACCUAAAGUUGAUUUAAGAGCAUGGGCCGGAGAAAGAUCUGCAGUACCAUAA